AUGAAGCCGGAAGACUUGAGAAGUUUGCUCAAGAAGGAGAAGCGCCUUCUGAACAGUUUAGAGUUAGUGGAGAGUUUCGUCAGUGACUUUGAAGAAGAGCGUGAUCGAAAAGAAAUUGAAGUUCGUUUGCAGCUGUUGGAAAGUGUUGUGAAAGAGUUCUUCGAUGUGCGUGAUAAAAUUGAAGUGCUAAUGGAUGAAGUUGCCGAAGAUGAAGUUCCUGAUCCAGAGGAGUCAGAGAAGGCUCGAAAGGCGAGGCUGGAGAGUGCAUCAAAGAAGAGAGACGAGGAAAGUGAAGCCAUAAUCAGUGAUGUGCAGAACCGUUUUUGCAAGGCCAAGGCAGCGUUGAUGGAGCGGCGUCCGAAGAAGCAGGUUGAUCGUCCUGGGCCGUCAGGCCCGGCUGCCGGAAGUACCCUCUCGAGAGUGAAACUGCCCGAGAUCAAGCUAUCAACCUUCGGUGGCAAACUUCGAGACUGGGUGUCGUAUCGCGAUGCAUUCCGAAGCUUGAUCCACCAGAACCGGGAGCUCACCGACAUGGACAAGUUCACGUACCUUCGUUCAUCGUUGACGGGCGAGGCCCUUCAGGAAGUCAGCACCGUUGAACUUUCCGCAGCAAACUAUGCAGUUGCCUGGACUGCAUUAGAGGAGCGCUACCACAAUGAGAAGCUCAUCGUGAAGGCAUAUCUCGACGCCAUCUUUGGCAUUGAACCGAUGCGGAAGGAGAGCUACGAAGCGCUGAGCCAGCUCAUCAGCGACUUUGAAAAGAAUCUGCAGAUGCUGCAGAAGCUGGGACAGGACACCAAUGGCUGGAGCACUAUCCUAGUCCACAUGGUUUGUUCCAAGCUGGACAGUGUUACCCUGCGGUUCUGGGAGUCGUCGCACAACUCCAAGAACGUAACCACCUACCGAAACCUGAUGAACUUUUUGAAGAACCAUUGUGCAGUUCUUCAAUCAGUUGGAGUGAGCAAACCUCCCUCCGCCGAAGUGAAGAAGCCCAAGGUAAGCGUCAGCCAUUCGUCAACGUCCUUCGGCCGGUGCUUUUUCUGCUCGGAAGCGUUCCAUCCGGCGUUCAUGUGCAAGAAGUUCCAGAAGUGGAAGAUCUCGGAGCGCUACGAUGCCGUUCGGAAGAAUGGCCUGUGCAUGAACUGCCUAUCGUCGGGUCACAUGGCGCGGAAUUGCAGCAAAGGAUCAUGCCGUCAAUGUGGGAGGAGACACCACACCCUGCUUCACGCUGAAAGCAACAGUGUCAACCCGCAAUCCUCCGUUCCACAGACGACAAAACGACCCCCAAGUGAACAACCAUCUCAGACACAGCAAACACAGGCGGGAAAACCAACAGACCAAAAAGCACCAACCACAAACCACAACGAACCCAGCACUUCCUUGUCAAUCGUACAGACACAAUCGCAUAGCACCAACCCACAGAUCGCCACAGACCAUUCAGACACACUGCAACACACUGUAGCACUCCCAACACAAACAAACCCUUCCACACGACAAGUUCUGUUAUCAACCGCACUUGUGCGUAUCUGCGAUGCCACCGGGCGAUCAAUGCUGGCCAGAGCACUGCUAGACUCGUGUUCUCAGUAUUGCUUCGUCACCUCUGAAUUUUGUCGCCGCAUGGACCUGGACGAGUUUCCUGAUUAUCUAGCGGUGAAGGGAAUUGGCGGUUCGGGAAGCGUUUCGCAGAAAGCUGUUCGUGCGACAGUCAGCCCUCGUUUUACCAGCAUCUCAGACUUCGAGGAAAUUAUACGCUUCAACGUCUUGGCAAAGCUGACUAUUCCACUCCCGUACGAAGGGUUCGAAACAAGCCAGUGGAAGCUGCCGGCCGACAUCGUUUUAGCUGACCCGGAGUUCUACCGAACAUCAGAGAUCGACAUGAUCAUCGGCGCCGAAUAUUAUCUCGAUCUGCUGCAGGAUGGGCGGUUCAGACUCAACGAGGACGGUCCGACGUUCCAGAACACUGUCUUUGGAUGGAUCGUCUCCGGUCGCAUCUCCAACAGCACACUCUCCGCACCUGCAACGACCACUACGCUUUGUUCCACGUCGGAACUCCAAGAACAGCUCACCCGUUUCUGGGAGCUCGAAAGUUGUCGUCUAACGAGCACCUAUUCCGUGGAAGAGUCCACAUGCGAGGAGAUUUUUAAGCAAACGACCACCCGCGAUGAAGCCGGACGCUUCGUCGUAUCGUUACCCAGGAAGGAGUAUAUUAUCGAUCACCUGGGAAAUUCCCGAAGUAGCGCUGAGCGUCGUUUCAUGAGCUUGGAGCGCCGGUUCGCUACGAACUCAGAGCUGAAGAGGUUGUAUUGCGAGUUCAUGGUGGAAUAUGCGUCGAUGGGCCACAUGGAGAGAGUGAAUGAGGAGGAACUGUCUGGAUCAGUGUGCUACUUUCUGCCGCACCACGCUGUAUUGAAACCGGACAGCACAACAACGAAACUUCGCGUUGUAUUUGAUGCUUCGUGCACCUCCGGCGAUUCCCUCAACGAUGGGUUGAUGGUAGGCCCCGUUGUUCAGGACGACCUGAUCUCGAUACACGCUCGUUUCCGCCUGCACCGAAUCGGCAUAGUAGCCGACGUAGCGAAAAUGUACAGGAUGAUCAAAAUGCAGCCACGAGAUCAGAAGCUACAGCUGAUUUUGUGGAGAGCCACGCCAGAGGAACCUAUCCAGGUGUUCCAGUUGACGACCGUUACGUACGGAACCGCAUCCGCUCCGUUUUUGGCUACACGUUGCCUAGUACAGCUAGCAGAAGAAGGUCAAUCCACCCACGCAACCGCAGCGAAAGUUGUUCGGAAGGAUUUUUACGUCGAUGACAUGAUCACUGGCGUCGAUAGCCCUGCAGAAGGCAAGGCAUUAGUGGAGGAGAUGGUGAACCUGACCGAUUCUGCCGGUAUGAUGUUGAGAAAGUGGAAUUCGAACUGCGGUGAAGUGUUGAGCGAGCUGCAACCGCAUCUACGGGAUGACCGAGUUGCAUUGGAGAUGGAGUCCCCGCCGUCGAUCGCUACCGUGAAGACGCUGGGCCUUGUCUGGUGCCCUUCAUCCGACGAUUUCUAUUUCACGGUGCCAAAGUGGAAUACGACAUCGGUGGUUACGAAGCGAAUUGUGAUUUCCGAUGCAUCCAAGCUUUUCGAUCCCUUGGGACUAAUAGGACCGGUGGUCGUCGAAGCCAAGAUCUUCAUCCAAACUUUGUGGAAGUUGCUUGUGAACUGGGACGAUCCGCUCCCGGAAAAUCUGCAAACUAUUUGGUUGGAGUACCGCAGGAACUUGAGUGCUCUCGAGUCCAUCCGUAUUCCACGAUGGGUCGGUUACACCAAGGAGUGCACUACGAUCGAAUGGCAUGGAUUUUGCGACGCUUCCGACAGCGCAUACGGCGCGUGUCUAUACCUCCGAUGCAGCUACGAUGAUGGCUCUGUGCGCGUUCAGCUGAUGAUGUCCAAGUCACGAGUCGCGCCAUUGGAGGACUUGAAGAAGAAGAAGCGCAAGCAGUCGACGCCCCGACUGGAACUUUCAUCCGCUCUUCUGUUAAGCCAUCUUUUCGAAAAGAUCAGCCAAGCCACUGGAUUGACAAUUCCGUCGUUCUUCUGGACAGAUUCGAACAUUGUGAAGCAUUGGAUUGCGUCCACACCAUCCAGGUGGCAGACCUUCGUCGCGAACAGGGUGUCCGAAAUCCAGCAUCUGACGAAAGGUGGAGUCUGGAAUCACGUCGCAGGCAUCGAAAAUCCAGCAGACGUACUGUCGCGAGGUAUUUCGGCCACGCAGUUGGAAUAUCACUCCCUCUGGUUCAAUGGUCCAGUUUGGCUGCGUCAAGGUCGGAAUUUCUGGCCGGAGAACUCCGAAGUCGACGUUGAACAGCUCGAUCCUGCUUCCCUUGAAGAACGAAAGUCCGUAGCCCUACCGCUGCAGGCAGCAACUCCGAACGAGAUUUUUUCGCUCCGCUCGUCGCUGUUCGCUCUAGUCCGACUGGUAGCGGUGAUGCGUCGCUUCCGUCACAACGCCCAGAGAGCUAACCGAAAUGCCCGGAAACUCGGUUCAGUCAGCACGCAAGAAUACGAAGAAGCCCUGUUGCAGCUGGUUCGUCUGUCGCAAGAAGAAUGUUUUCCGGAGGAGAUUGCAAGUCUGUCCCGGGAGGAUCAGGUGAAGCAGUCGUCCAGAAUAUCGUCUUUGAAUCCCAAACUACGGGAUGGGAUACUCCGCGUUGGCGGCCGGCUCCGGAACGCAUCGGUUUCCGAGAAUCGGAAGCAUCCAAUGAUCAUCGAUCACCGUCAUCCCCUCGCCACGUUGGUAGUUCGUCAUUACCAUGUAAAGAUGCUUCAUUCCGGACAACAAGUCGUCAUUGCAAGCGCCAGAGAACGAUUCUGGAUCCCGAGCAUUCGGAACCUCGUGCGAAAGGUCCUGCAUGAGUGUAUUACCUGCUUCCGAAUCAAACCAAGAUGCCAGGAACAGCUGAUGGCAGAGCUGCCACCUGAAAGGGUCAACCCGGCACCACCGUUCCUCAAGGUCGGUGUAGAUUAUUGCGGCCCGUUUCUGGUUACCUACCCACAGCGUCGCAGUUCUCCCGUCAAGUGCUUCGUAGCGAUAUUUGUCUGCCUCGUCACUAAAGCCGUUCACGUGGAGUUAGUCGCCGACCUCACCACGGCCGCGUUCCUAGCGGCCCUGCGGCGUUUCACGGCCCGUCGAGGACGUCCAGCCGUAAUCAUGUGCGACAAUGCCAAGAACUUUGUUGGAGCCAGGCGGGAACUUCGGCAGCUUUUAAACCUGUUCGAGCAGCAGCAAUUCCAAAACGCUGUAGCCAGCAACGCCGCGGAUGAGAGAAUCGAGUUUAAGUUCAUCCCGGCCAGAUCGCCUAAUUUCGGUGGUCUGUGGGAAGCAGCCGUGAAAAGCUUCAAAAACUGUUUCAAGAAGAUCAUCGGAACUCGGACUCUCCUGUAUGACGAGAUGCAGACGGUGCUCACCCAGAUCGAAGCGGUUCUAAACUCCAGGCCCCUCACACCACUCAGCAAUGAUCCUGGAGACUUCGAGGCGCUUACGCCAGGACAUUUUCUGGUUCAACGUCCACUGACGGCGAUUGCUGAACCCGAUCUGGAGAAUGUUCCAGCUAACCGUCUCUCCGUCUGGCAAAGGGCGCAGGACUACGGCCAGCUGCUCUGGAAGAAGUGGAGCACGCUUUACCUCUCCGAUUUGCAUAACCGGACCAAGUGGACCCGCCAGCGGGAUAACAUCGCCGUUGAAACCAUGGUUCUGCUGAUGGACGAGCGGCUUCCGCCGUUGAAGUGGAACCUCGGCCGCGUUACCGAAGUAUUCAGAGGCUCCGACGAUAACAUCCGCGUGGUAGACGUGCGCACAGCAAAUGGGGUUUUCCGACGAGCCAUUUCGAAGAUUUGCGUCCUUCCAAUCAGGGAUAACGCAACAUCUACCAGCGAUGAGGCAUAA